AUGACCUCUACCUGGGAUGAUGAUCUCAAAGCCGACAUCUCGUCGGCCCAGAUCGAGAAUGCCGAAGAGGCUCUCUCGUUCACUCCCGAAGAGGAAAAAGCGCUCGUGAGAAAGAUCGAUCUGUACCUGCUGCCUAUGAUCUGGAUCAUGUAUCUCCUUUCGUACUUGGACCGUACCAACAUCGGGAAUGCAAAGAUCUCGGGCAUGGAAGACGAUCUGAAUCUGUCGUCGAACGAAUACUCCAUUGCAUUAGUCGUGUUCUUUGUCGGAUACGUCGUGUUCGAAGUUCCCAGCAACCUCAUCCUCAGUCGCUCGCGACCAUCCCUCUUCCUCCCCGGCAUCAUGGUCGUCUGGGGAGCUCUGACCUGCGUCAUGGCCGCUGUCCGGGACUUCAAGCACCUGGUUGUUCUGCGCGCGUUGCUCGGCUGCAUCGAAGCUGGAUUCGCUCCCGGCGUGCUUCUCGUGCUGUCGAACUGGUAUAAACGAACGGAGCAAUCGCGGCGCUUUGGCGUGUACAUCUCCGCUGCGAUUCUCUCCGGUGCGUUUGGCGGUCUUCUGGCGGCCGUCAUCACCGACGGAUUGGAAGGCGUGCACGGGAUCCGGGGCUGGCGAUGGCUCUUCAUCGUCGAAGGCGCUGCCACCGUUGGUGUCGGCUUUAUCGCCAUGUUCAUCCUGCUUGACUUCCCUGCCACCUCGCGCAAGCUCUCCGAGAGAGAGCGAUCCAUCGCAGUGGCGCGACUCGCCAGCGAGAACGUCACUUCCAUGACGGACGCCAGCGAGCGGUUGACUCAUGUCGAAGCCAUCGUGGUGUCGGUGAAGGACUGGCGAACGUGGAUGUUCGUGGUUGGAUAUAUGGUGAUCGUCGGCUCCAGUACCCUCUCCUACUUCUACCCAACCCUCGUCCAAGGCCUCUUCAACACCUCCUCGACCAAACAAGUCAACUUCCUCACCGUCCCCAUCUACGCCGUCGCCUUCGUCUGCACCGCCAUCACAGCCUACUACAGCGACCGUAUCCCGCUCUGGCGCGGCCUCGUCAUCGCCGCCUGGCUGACCUUCUCCCUCAUCUGCUCCGUCGCCGUCUGCCUCGUCUAUGACUUCACAGCCCGGUAUGCCCUCCUGGUCCUUAUGGCUGCCGGCCUGUGGGCCACGAACGGCGGGUGUCUGGCGUACGCGUCGUCUGCGUUCGCGGGACUCAGGCCCGAGGCGAGGGGCGUGAGUCUGGCGUUGGUGAAUGCGCUGGGGAAUCUGGCGCAGAUCUACGGGUCGUAUUUGUUUCCCGAGAAGGAUGGGCCGAAGUAUAUUAUGGGGUUUUCGGUGAUUUCGGCGAUGUUGGCGCUGGGGGUGGUGGUGUUUGUGGUGUUGCAUGUUUGGUUGAGGAGGAGGGUGAAGGUGGGGGGGUUGUAG